AUUACUCACCCUCACUUUCUCUCUCUAGAUUCCCCAGUUAUCUGGUGCAGCAUGGCGCACAAUCAUUCCGAUGUACUCGAAAAUGGAGCACAUCCUUGGCUGCUUCCCCACGAUCACAAACACGCUAAGGAGCAAUCUCCUGGAUUUGGAGCGUACGGGAUUAAAUCUCAGUCUUUUUUCGAGAUGAAACCUGCACCGGUGAUUCAAGGACAACUGAGAUCGGGGCAAAAAAAUCAUUUUAAUUGUGCCAAAAGUGGGCCCCAAAUGCAGGCUAUAUUUUUGGGCCCAAAGAGAAAAUCUUGUGGCACUGGAGUUUUCAUUCCGCGUGGGCAAUCCACUCGCACUGACCCUAAAGUCACGAAUAAGCCAGCUUUCUCUCCAGUUCUGUUGCCUUCUCGAGUGAUUCAAGCACUUAACCUUAACGUCCACGAACUUGGUCAAGAAAUUAAACCCCAUUCAGAGCAAAGUCAGAAAACCAAGAAAAUUGAUGAAAAAUUGGAGAAACAAAAGGAAGACUAUAUUUCUUUUUCGCCAGAAAUUAUUCUUCCUGAAGAAUGGACGUAUUAGCAGCCCACAAAUCAUUUCACUGCAUUUGAUGUUUCUUCUUAUAUUUAAUUCAUUUAGGUGUAUGAGUAUAAGAGAGAAUAAAGCUUCAUUAAAAUGGAUGAAUCAAUAUCUUCAAAAGAUAAUAAUAGUAGAAUUUUGGAUAA